AUGUCCGGCGUAGACGGUCAGAGCGCGACCGUUGAGUCGCGACAAAGUUCUACUUACAAUGAACCGGAUAACCGGGUAGAAGAGAAAACCGUACCGACGGCUUCGCUCGUUUUGGACAUCGAGCAUGCGCUCGUGAAUGACGACCCUCGAAAAUGGUCUAAAGGUCGCAAGUAUGCAAUUGUUGCUGUAAUUUCUUCUGCGUCCGUGAUAGCAGGUCUGGGUGCAAAUAUUUACAACCCUGCUAUAUCUCAGAUUGAAUCUCAACUGCAUGCUACGAGCGGGCAGCUCAGCUUGACGCUUUCGCUCUUCAUCUUAAUUCAAGGAGGAUUUCCCUUUCUAUGGAGCGCAAUCAGCGAGGUCCAAGGCCGGAAACUGGUCUAUCUCGUGUCAAUCGCCCUUUGUAUGGUGGGAUGUAUCGUUGCAGCGACCUCAAAGACCAUCCAAGUAUUGAUAGGUAUGCGGUGCCUACAAGCAGCAGGCUCAAGCGCCGUCAUGUCCAUCGGUGCCGCAACGCUCGCGGACAUCUACGAGCCCCACGAAAGAGGGACGAUGAUGGGUAUUUACUAUUGCGCUCCUCUUUUGGGUCCGUCACUGGGACCCAUUCUGGGUGGCGCGCUGACACAAGGGUUCAAUUGGCGCGCGACGUUCUGGUUCCUCGUUAUCUUUACCGGACUCUGUUUUUUGUCAUUCUUGCCCUUCAAGGAUACGUUCCGUAAGGAACGCAGCACGACUUACCAGUCUGUGCUUAAGCGCGUGCUAGAGCAGGCUGCGAAGAAGGCUGAGUUGUCCGCUACUGAAUCUACCGCUGGCGGCAGAGAGAAGCAACAAGCUGUUAACGAGAAGAGAGAUAGCGCUGCUACAGUCGGGCCAGCGGACACGGAUUUAGAGAGGCAGGACCAGCAGGAUGAUGCGAUUGAAGUUGCCGUAAAAGAGGUGAAGGUGUCGCUAAAGGACGUUAACCCGGUGGUCCCCAUCAUCCACGUACUCCGUAGGAAGAACAACCUCGCUAUCCUUUUUGGAUCCGGUCUUCUGUUCGCAUUCAACUACAGCAUCACUUACACCGCCUCUCGGACGCUCGCAAACAAGUAUCAUUACGACGCGCUCAAAAUCGGUGUCGUCCUUCUGGCGUAUGGUGUCGGUUGUCUCUGCGGUAGUAUCCUCGGCGGGCGUUGGUCCGAUCUCGUUCUGGCUCGAGUCAAGGCGAAACAUGGUGGCAAGAGCUUUGCAGAGAUGCGCCUAGAAAGCACAAAGAUAUUCAUGCUUUUCUUUCCGCCGUCCAUCGUCGCGUACGGCUGGGUGUGCGAGCAACACGUCAACGUUGCGGCCAUCUGCGUCAUGCUCUUCCUCUCUGGGUUCUUCCAGAUAUGUAUCUAUUCGAGCACCCUCGCUUAUAUCGUUGACUCGAACGUUGGGCGCUCGUCCUCGGCCGUCGCGACGAAUAGCUUCUUUCGGGGACUCUUUGCAUUUAUCGCUACGGAAGUGGCGGUACCGCUCCAGAACUCGAUUGGGGAUGGAGGCUUGUACUCGCUCUGGGCGGGCCUGAUGGUAGUCUCGGAGCUGCUUAUCCUCCUCGUCUGGUGGAAAGGUUCCAAGUGGCGCGAGCAGGCGAUCGCCAGAGAGGCGCGCUCGAGCAAGACGUAA